ACUGAAGAGACAGAGGAUCAAUUAGCCGAAAGUUAAUUGAUCCUGUCUCUUCUUAAAUAAUAAGAUGGAAAAAGAUAGGGAGUCGACUGAACCCUGAUUAAUACUUAACCGCAGUUUGUGAAACUGGCCUUUAAUGCCGAUAGUCAGAUGUUUUCGUUGCGCUGGCGUCAGCGAGUCUCGCAUGUUCGGCUGCGGCUUCGUGCAACGCCAUUACUAAUGGUACCUAUUUGCGUGCAUUCGUUUACGCAGUGAUUGCCGCAGACGCGUCGCCCUAUCUUCGUUUGAUAUCUGAUGUGCAACGAAGACAGGAUGACGCUAGCCGCGGCAGUCGCUGCGUAAACGAACGCGCACUUUGUGUCUGACUUCUCGUCGCAUCAUGUUUAUCAAGCAGGUGAUUAUCCAAGGAUUCAAGUCUUACCGCGAGCAGACGGUCGUUGAUCCUUUUGAUCCAAGGCACAACGUAGUAGUUGGUAGAAAUGGAUCCGGCAAGAGCAACUUUUUCUGCGCUAUUCAGUUUGUCCUGAGCAAUCCUGAUGAGUUCUCGCAUCUUAAACGCGAGCAGAGGCAGGCGCUGCUACACGAAGGGCCAGGACCUUGCGUCACAUCCGCCCAUGUAGAAAUCAUAUUUGAUAACUGCGAUAGGAGACUACUGAUUGAUAAAGAUGAAGUCUUUUUAAAGAGAAUGAUCAGCUGCGAGAAGGACCAAUACUUUCUCAACAACCAGAUUGCAACAAGGAACGACGUGAUGAAUUUAUUGGAGUUGGCAGGAUUUUCUAGAUCCAAUCCAUACUACAUUGUAAAGCAAGGAAAGAUAAACCAAAUGGCAACGGCACCAGAUUCACACAGAUUAAAAUUAUUACGGGAAGUGGCAGGUACGAAGAUAUACGAUGAUAAAAAACAAGAGUCAAAAUCCAUUUUGAAAGAAACGGAAGGGAAGAUAGAAAAGAUCAAUGAUUCGCUACUAACGAUGGAAAAACGUUUGAAAAGACUUGAGGAAGAGAAGGAGGAAUUGAAAGAGUAUCAACGUUGGGAUAAACAACGUCGUUGUUUAGAAUAUACGAUCUACGAGCGCGAACUUAAAGAAAAUAAAAGGAAAUUGGUAGAGUUUGAGGUAUUGCGGACGAAUAGCGGAGCCGAGCAGGCGAGAUUGGGUGCAGAAUUGAAAACUGUACAAGAGACAGUAGGUGCAGCUACAAAGAGACUGAAGGAGGCAAAGAAGGAAGUGCAGAUUGCCAAAGAAGAAAGAGAAAUACUUGGUGCAGAGCAGCAGCAAUUACUGAAAGAAAAGAACAAGUUGACUUUUACCAUUAACGACUUGCUGGAGGAGGUGAAAGGUGACAACGACAGUAAGAAACGUGCCCAACAAGAAUUGGAAAAGUUGGAAGCUAAUAUUGCUCUUCGAGAAGACGAGCUAAAAUCUCUCAAGCCAGAGUACGAAGGAAUAAAACGUGUCGAGGAAGAGCGUAUGCAAGAAUUGGAAUUAAAAGAGCAGAAAUGUAAAGAAUUGUAUGCUAAACAAGAUCGUGGCAGUCAAUUCACUACUAAGGAUGAGAGGGACAAGUGGAUACAAAAUGAACUUAAACAGCUUACGAAACAGAUAAAGGACAAAGAAGAAUAUCAGAAGAAGAUAAGCGAAGAUUUGAAAUGUGAUACAGAAAAACAGAUUGCGUUGGAGAAGAAGGUAGGAGACCACACACGCGAGAUAGAACAGCAGCGUGCGUCAAUAGAGGAUCAUAACAAGCGAUAUUAUGAGCUCCUUAAAUUGAAGGAUCAGUAUCAAGUGACUCGAAAAGAACAGUAUCGGCAAGAAAGCGUAUUGCAAUUGAAUCUAUCUGAUCUAAAAGAAGAUUUAGCGAAAGCAGAUCAGAGUUUGAGAUCCACAACUGGCGUAGCUAUUUUGAAUGGCAAGGACAGUGUGCGUAAAGUACUAGACACUUUUCGUAAACGAGAAGAUAUGAUUAGUGAAGUUAGCAGCUACUACGGGCCUGUGAUUGAAAGCUUCAGUUGUGACGAGAGCGUUUAUAUGGCUGUUGAAGUAACCGCUGGCAAUCGAUUGUUCUAUCAUAUUGUGGAGACUGAUAAGUUUGGCACACAAAUUUUAAAAGAAAUGAAUAGUCAACUGUUAUCGGGAGAAGUAACUUUUAUACCCCUAAAUAGACUUCGCGUAAAGGCUGAAGAUUAUCCGCAAGUCUGUGAUGCUAUACCUAUGAUAUCCAAGUUGAGUUACGAUCCCAAAUUUGACAAAGCGUUAAGAAAUAUAUUUGGAAAUACUUUGAUCUGUCGCAAUCUGGAAACAGCGACGACUUUGGCGCGGGAUUGCGGCUUCGAUUGCGUUACGUUGGGAGGAGAUCAGGUUUCAUCCAAGGGUACCUUAACUGGCGGAUAUUUCAACACCCGCAGGUCACGACUCGAGAUACAAAAGACAAGAUCAAAAUUAAUAUCACAAAUCUCUGCUCUCGAGAUUCAAUUAACGACACUUAGGGAGGAAAUCAGAAAGACGGAUCAAAGUAUUAGUUCUUACGUUAACGAAAUGCAGAGGACUGAAACCAGACGUAGUAAAGCGAAAGAUAUAUAUGACAAAAUAAAGGCAGACAUACGUCUUAUGAAGGAAGAAUUGAGUGCUAUAGAAAUGUACCGCGCGCCAAAAGAAAUAAGUCUUGCACAAUGCACAUCAAGUUUGGAAGCGAUGAGCGUAACUAAAUAUGGCCUGGAGAGUGAAUUACGUCAAGAACUUACGGCGCUGUUGUCCGUUGCGGAUAAGCAUCAGGUUGACACUUUAAAGGAUAACAUAAAACGCUUAACGAAAGAAAGCAAAGAAGCGUUUGAAAAACGGAUGCAAUUAGAAAUAGAAAAGAAUAAGUUAGAGAACUUGUUAACAAGCAACUUGAUGAGAAGAAAGGAUGAUCUAGUUCAAGUUCUACAAGAAAUAUCAAUUGACGAUCGACAGCGGCAGCUUGAAUCGUCAAAGAUCCAGUUGGCAGAUAUCGAAAAGAGACUAAUGGAAGUGAAUGAGGACUUUGGAGCACAAAAUGAAAAAGUGGCCAAUGCUAUGAAGAAACAAAAAUUGGAGUCUGACGAAGUUGAGAAGUGGAAAUCAAAAGAAAAAGAAGCGCGAGAGAAAAUACUAGAUGCGAAAGAUUUAGAGAAGUUGACAAGCAAGUUGAAUAUUCUGCAGCAGAAAAUAGUGGAAUGUAAACAAAAGAUUACUGAACUCGGCGUAUUAUCUAGUCGUGAAGCUUAUUUUAGGUUUACUACAAUAUCAACGCAACAGCUUUUCAAGGAAAUGAAACAGGCAAAUAAGCAUUUAAAAAAAUAUAGCCAUGUGAAUAAAAAAGCUUUGGAUCAGUUCAUAUCUUUUAGCAAUCAAAUAAAAGAAUUGGUAAAACGAAAAGAAGAAUUGGACCGAAAUGGCGAGAAAAUAAAACAACUCUUGUUGGUACUUGAACAGCGUAAAUGCGAAGCAGUACAAUUUACAUUUAAACAAAUGAGCAAAUCGUUCAGUGAAGUAUUCAAAAAGCUUGUACCUUCGGGACAUGCACAGCUGGUUAUGAAAACUAGAAACGGUGAUGAAAAAGAAGGCGGAACAGUGGAGCUAUCAGACUCCGAUGAAUUUGUUGGCGUAGGUAUAAGAGUAUCAUUUGCGCGACAUACAAGUGAAAUGCGAGAAAUAAACCAGUUAUCAGGAGGACAAAAGUCACUCGUGGCAUUGUCCUUGAUGUUUGCGAUACAAAAGUGCGAUCCUGCACCGUUUUAUUUGUUCGACGAAAUAGAUCACAUGCUAGAUCCACAAGACAGACAGGCAGUGGCGAACAUGAUUCACGAACUUAGUUCUCACGCCCAGUUCAUUACCACGACAUUCAGACCGGAAUUGCUACACGGUGCAAACAAAUUCUAUGGAGUAAAGUUCAGGAAUAAAAUUUCGCAUAUUGAAUGUGUGAUGCGACAAGAAGCAGCUGAUUUCGUCGAGGACGAUUCAAUGCAUGAUUGAAGUUAGAACAUUCUGUUUACAAAGUUUACAAUGAAGAAACUUUUAAUGUCUAUUUUUCGUGCAGCUUUAUUGCAAUCUCGGUCGAGAUUUUUUUCACAUUAAUAGCGUUUUUUUAUAAAGAUACUGUACAUGAAGAGAAAAAUUUAUUUUAUGUUACGCGAGACAGACUAGGGUCAUGUUACAUUGUGAAUUUUAAUGGAGUUUCAAUAAGUUUUAAUUUUUAUUUAGUUUUGAUAAAUGAAACGUAUGAAGUUUUGAUAAUUUAACAAUAUUUAAUUUGCAACAAAUUAUACAUAUGUUAUAGAAACAUUACUGAAUAAUAUGUUAAUUGAAAUUUGCUUUUUCCCGUUUAUUAACGUACACUCAUUUGUUUGCUCACAUUUCUUCCUCCCCUCUCUCCUCCCUCCCGUCAUUUUCUCGAUAUUGUCACUAAUUUAUAAUACUAAUGAGAAUUCUUCAAUAUCGCCGGCGGUAAUUAACAACGUCAGUGUUUUCUUGACCUGGCAUCUUUUAGUAAUACAGAAAACCCAGAUAGCACAAAGAUGUACAUAAGUUUAUAGAGAAUUCAUUUUAAAGAAAACGCAGAAUUAGAAAAAUGAAUAUGUGAAGAAUUCUUGAAGAAUUAGUCUGAAUCAGUUCGUCAUGAAGUAUUCUUCUGAAGUUCAUUAUAAUGAAUACUUCGCGAUUCAGUACUGUGAAUACUUUGAGAAUUUAUAAGGAAUUAUUUGUCAUGCGCGAGUAUCCGCUAACCGCCAUCCGGACGUUCUUGUGCAGCGUGUUACCACGUGCAAUAUUUUGUGUGCGUAACGUUAUGUGCAAUUAAUUUUGUGCAAUAGUUCUAUUGUGUAAAAGAAAGAAUCGAACGACGAGAACCGAAACGGAAGAAUCAUCCGAUUGUCAACGAGCUUCGGUUGAGAGUAUCUCACUGUUGAGUGAGAAAUUAUAAUAAUGGUACUGUAAUGUUACUGCAUAUUAGAUGUGUAC